AUGGCAUGCUCAAAAGUAUUAUUAGGAAAUUUUCCCGAAUUAACAGAUGAUAUUAUUCAAUAUUUUCGGGAUGAUAUAUCAACAUUACAUUCAUGUAUUUUAGUUAAUAAAUUUUGGUGUCAAAUUGCGAUUCCAUUAUUAUGGAAAGAUCCUUUUUCAAUUAAAAAUCCUAAAAAUUUUCAUUUUAUUGAAAUUUACUUACAAAAAAUAAAUGAAAAAGACAAAACACAAUUAAAUAGAUGUGGAAUUAAUAAUGAUGUAUUUCCUUUAAAAACAUUAUUUAAUUAUUCCAAUUUUAUUAAAUGUAUAAAUACACGAAACAUAUGUUCCAUUAUUGUAAAUUGGAUUGAAGAUAACAAAACGUUUACAUGUUCAAAAGGACGUAUUUUUUUAUUAUUAAUUAAAGUAUUUAUCGAAAAUGAAGCUAAAUUAUAUACUUUUGAAAUUGAAAUUGCAUAUAAAUACCUUAUGAGCAGAAAAUAUUUUAGUUCUAUUUUUAAAUUAAUCUUACAAAAUCCAAAAUUCAUUAAUAUAAAAAAUUUAAAACUUCAUUUUAAUGAGGAAAUUAUAAAAUAUAAAAAUGGGUAUGAAUUUUUAAAAUGUUUUUAUUAUCACUGUAAUUUAAUUUCAUCAUUUCAUAUUAGAUUUUCAGAAUAUGAAAGUUUUAGACAUAAUUACAUGACAAUUGAAAACCAAUUAUCACAAAUUAUUAAUUCACAAAAAAAUCUUAAAAAAAUUAUUUUUGCACAUAAUAAAUAUAUACGUCCUUAUUUGCCAUUUUCAGAUAAUGGUAUACCAUUAUAUAAUAUCAUAGGUGAUUCUAAUACUAGUUCAAAACCUUUAAAAAUAAUUAUAUUUCAUAAAGUUGAUUUUAGGAAUAUGUUACAUAUAAAAAAGGCAUUUGAACAAUUAAAUGUUUUAGAAUCAAUUCAUAUACUUGAGUGUCUUAUUUUCAAUUCUAAUUUUGUUCAACAAAUCAUUGAUCUUAACAAACCAUUUAAAUUAAUAUCUUUAUUUAUAAAGGAUGAACAUGAUAUUUUUAUUAGUGGUGAAAAUAGAAAAUUACAAAUUGAAUUAAUGCAAUUAUUAUUUCAAAAAUUUGGGGAAUAUUUAGAAAAUAUUGGAUUAAAAUACAAAGCAUUAGAAUUUAUUAAUAAUUAUUGUAAGAGAAUUAAAUUUUUUGAUAUACAUACGUCUAGUAUUCAGAAAGCUCAUAUUGCAUUAGAUUCAGUCAAAAUUUUCGAACAAAAUCUUAAUUAUCUUUCAAUAUAUUUUUAUAUUCCGUAUGAUGAAAAAAUUGAAUCUAAAAUAGAAUUAUUUUUAAGAUUAGCACAUAUUCUUCCUUAUAAGUUAGAAUAUUUGAAUUUAAGUUUUAGUAUUAAUGUUAUAAAAAAUGUUUGGGAAGUAUUUUUUAAAAAUUUAAAACAUAUUUUUAUUAAGAAAUUAUUAUUCAAAAUUAAUAAUUUAUUUGAUGAUAUUUUACCAUAUAUAAAGGAAUAUAUUAUGAAAGAAAAAAGGGCUGAAUAUUUAGCUAUUGAAGGAUAUAUAGAAGUCCAAGUAAGUACAUAUAGUACAUAUAGGUGUAUAAAAGAGUUGUUUACUAUGACAGAUGAGUUGAAGGAAUUUGAAUCAUAUAACAUUAAAGUUAAAGAAUAUAAUGAUUUAUAUAUUAAAGCUUAUGAAUUUAUAGAUGAGAUGUAUUAG